UUUUCACAAACCAAAAGCUGUCUCUCUGUUUCACAUUUUUUCCCAGGCAAAGAGCCUCUCUUCGUCUGGUGAGCUUAGCAUUGUCUUCUUGAGUUGAAAGACUUGAAAGGGUUAGGCUCUCCUCACUCUCCUCCCUCACAUGGCCUAAUCUCCUUAGCCUUUCCCCUUCCUCCAUUGUGGUCUCCCCAAGAUUGUGCACAUUGUCUAUACACUUGUACACUUAAAACCCAAAUGCCCCUCUUGGUGCUUCUGUGACCAUUGAAGAGGAAGCAGCUCUCUUGAUGUCUAGUUCACUUGGAGGACUUCUCAAUUUUUUUGGGAUUUUUACAAAUUUCUGCACGGAAGUUCUCUUCCCUAACUCUCCUGAAUUCUUGCUGCCCCAUCACACCCUGCAACAACCUAACAGUGGUAUCAGAGCAUUGAAGGUCCUACAAAACAAAACUGCUAAGGUCCAAAGUCCAUAGAAUGGCAGCAAGUUCCAGCAUUACAACCUUUAAAUAUUCACCAGCCGGACUACCGAUUUUUGAAGGAGAAAAUUACGAUUUUUGGAGCACUCAAAUGAGAACCCUUUUCAAAUCAGAAGAUCUGUGGGAUUUGGUUGAAAAUAGCUACGAAAGCCCUCAAAGCCAAGAAGAAUAUUCAGCAUGGUCAGAGGCAAGGAAGGAGAAGUUGAAAGAAAAUGAGAUGAAAGAUGCCAAAGCCUUGUACUACAUUCAACAAGCAAUCAUGAAACAAUUGCUCCAAGGAUAAUGGCUGCAAUAAAAUCUAUAGAAGCAUGAAAGAUUUUGAAGAAUGAGUUUGAAGGAUCGGCGAAGGUUAUCGUUGUCAAACUUCGAACUUUAUGGAGAGAAUUUGACAAUUUGAUGAUGAAGGAAGGUGAGUCCGUCGAAAUUUUCUUUUCAUGAGUUUUUACUAUCAUUUAUCAAUUGAAGGCUUGUGGAGGUAUAAUACAAGAUAAGAGAGUAGUAGAAAAAGUCUUGAGAAGCCUUCCUACUAAAUACGAUCGUGUGGUGGCUGGCAUAAAAGAAUCUGCAAAUUUAUCAACUCUUAGUUUACAUGAACUAAUGGGUUUCCUUCAAGUGGGUGAAGAGAGAAUGAAUAGAUUUUCUGAUCAGUUAUUGGAGCAAUCUUUUCAAACAAAGAUGAAUAUGUCAGAGAAUAAGGAUGGAGGAAACAAGAAACAAAAUCAAGGCAAUCAAUUUCAGAGAGGCCAAUCUAAUUGUGGCCACAGAAGAGGAGGAAAAAGGCAUACUCAAUGGCCUGCAAGAGGUAUGUCACAAUCUGAAUCUCGCUGCAAAUUUUGCAAGAAUACUAAUCAUGGAAGCAUGGACUGCCAUUUCCAAAAAUGCACAAGAUGCAAGAAUCCUAACCAUCUUGAAAAAGAUUGUUGGUUUCGUAUAAAGGAUGAAGCUGACUUUUCAGAAAAGCGUGAAUCUUCAAACCAACAGUUCUAUCCUUACAUGAACACUCAACAAGAAGCACAAGACACAAGGUAUAUUGACAGCAGAUGCAGCAACCAUGUGACGGGAAACAAUAGCAGCUUUGUUAGCUUGGAUGAAGGAGUAAAAUCCAAAGUAAAGUUUGGAGAUGUGAAGGUUCAGAACAUUGAAGGAAAGGGCACCAUUGCUGUGCAAACAAAGGGAGCCAUGGAAGCGUCAACUUCUUCUGAGGUUAACUUUCAGAUUCCAGCCAAUUCCCACAUACCACUUUCUGUUCCAUCUGGAGAUGAAGUCGAAUCAGCCAUCUCAGGGUUUACAAGUUAAGUUAGUAGAAAAAUAUUGGGUUAAGAAGUAUUCUUAUGUGGGUUUUAUUUAUUUAUUUGUGUAGUUUUAUGUUUACAAUUUAUCUAUGAAAGGCAAAAGAAUAUUCAUCAAUGUUCUUUUUCUACUUAUUAAUCCGCAUGUGUUGUGCUCUGUGUUUCAUUUUUAUCCCAAGUCCAGACAAAGAGGGUUGUGUAGCGUGAAAAUCCACUUGAUAUCUCUCACUAGCAUUGAUCAUUCCAAAAAGACAUCACACUACCAUCAUCCAAAGAAAACUCAAUAUUUGACACAAACAAACAAAUUAAACAAAGCAGGGGAUAUCUUUCUGCAUCCUGGAUGAAUUG